AAAGUUCACCUCACUUCACCUCACAUCACUUCCAGCUUGUUAAUCGGUUGACUACAUGUGCGUCAAUAUUAGAGGUCUCGCUGUCUCCCUCUUAUAAAUUCACUGUGUCUUUCUUUUUAUUUCACCAUUUACUAUUCGUCGCAUGCUUGCAUGCAUAUUGUGAUAAUAUAGCUAGAAUUAUUCUCCCAUCAAAGAGACCUAAACCCUAAUAGAAUGUUGCUCUAUAAUUAGCAAUUUAUAUCUAAGAAUUGAUUUAUGGCUAACACUGCUGCUGGAUCGUCUUCGGUGUCUCCGAAAACAUACGAUGUAUUUCUUUGCUUCCGAGGGGAGGACACGGGGGAGAAUUUCACCUGCCAUCUUUCUGCCGGUCUCGUUGACGAGGGAAUCGAGAUAUACAAAUACGAUGAUCAGUUUGUAAAAGGUUGUGAUAUUUGGACACAGAUUUCUUUGGCGAUCGAGGGUUCACGUGUGUCAGUGGUGGUUUUCUCCCAAGACUUUGCUUCUUCCAAAUGGUGCUUAGAGGAACUGGUCAAAAUAAUGGAGUGCAGAAGAGAUAUGGGGCAGGUUGUUAUACCUGUGUUCUACAACAUAGAUCCCGCACACGUGCGGUAUCAGAAAGAGAGUUACAAGAAAUCUUUUGCGAGGCAUGAAUGGAAUCUCUGCAAAAAUCAGCAGAAAAUUCGUAGGUGGAGAGAGGCUCUCACUGAAGCCGCCAAUCUGGCGGGAUGGGUCUCCGGAAGUCCUGGGAUAAGGGACGACAGUGAACUCAUUCGACACAUCGUCAAGGAUGUCUUGCAAAAGCUGAAACAGAGACGUCCGAAUACAACAAAGUACCUUGUUGGAAUUGAGAAAACUCAGAAAGAUAUUGAAAUGUUACUCCAAAAUGCUAAAAUUAUUGGAAUUUGGGGUCCAGGUGGAAUAGGAAAGACGACAAUAGGCAAAGUCGUAUAUAACAAACUCUCUUCCCAGUAUGACAGUGUUUGCUUGAUGGAAAAUAUAUCCGAGGAAACAAGAAGGUAUGGACUACCACGUCUGUGUCGUAACCUUUUCUCGGACCUGCUAAAAGAAGACAAUCCAACUCAUAAUGUUCGGAGACUGCAAACUAAAAAAGCUCUAAUUGUGUUUGAUGACGUUGAUAGUUUCAAGCAAUUAGAAUACUUAUGCGAGGACUCUCAAGUGCUCAGUUACCUAGGAGAAGAUAGCAGGGUCAUUAUUACAUCAAGAAACAGGCAUUUGCUUGCUAACAAAGCUGAUGAGAUUUACGAGGUCAAGAACUUGAACCUUACAGAGUCUCUAAAGCUUUUUAGUUUGAAAGCCUUCAGCAAAAGCUAUCCUGAAGAGGGAUAUGAGAAACUCUCUAAGCAAGUGGUUGAAUACACAGGAGGAAUUCCGUUAGCUCUUAAUGUGUUGGGUUCACAUCUUUCCUUCAGACUUGAUAAAGAUUUUUGGGAAAGUACCAUGAGGAAACUUGAAAAUUCCCCCAAUGAAGACAUUCAAAAGGUGUUAAGAGUGAGUUAUGAUGGAUUAGAUAGUCUACAGCAGAAGAUAUUUUUAGACAUUGCAUUCUUUUUCAUUGAAGAAGAAGAAGAGCGUGUCAAGAAGAUAUUACAUGCUUCUGGAUUCGAACCAAACAAUGGACUGCUCGAACUUAAAGAUAAAGCUUUAAUAUCCACUACAUCUUAUGACAGUAGAAUACAAAUGCAUGGCUUGUUACAAGAGAUGGCUUUGGAUAUAGUUCGUCGAGAAUCCGAACUGAAUCCUGGAGGCCGCAGCAGAUUGAGGGAUGUCAAAGACAUUCGUGAUGUACUUGAAAAUAACACAGGAACUAAUGCAGUUGAAGGCAUAGUUUUGGACUUAUCUCAGAUAGAAGAUUUACAGUUGAGUGCAGAUGUAUUCGAAAAGAUGAAUAGGAUAAGGUUUCUGAAAUUCUAUAUCCCCAGAAGUAAGAGUUCCAGUGAGAAGUAUCUCCCUGAAGGCCUUACGCAAUUUCCUAAAGAAUUGAGGUACCUUCAGUGGGACGCGUACCCUUUGAAAUCUCUUCCGCUGAGAUUGUGUUUUAAAUUUCUUGUUGAGAUUCACAUGCGACACAGCAAUGUUGAAGAGCUUUGGCAGGGAAAGAAGGAUCUUCACAAUCUAGAAGUAAUUGACCUAUGUGAAUGCAGAAAGUUGAUGAACCUUCCAGAUUUGUCUAAUGCAUCAAGACUUAGAACGGUGAAUCUCUCCGGUUGUGAGAUGUUGCAUUAUCUUCAUCCAACAGUUCUAUCUGCUGGUAAGCUUGCUACUUUGAUACUGGAUAGGUGCAAAAAUCUCAUGGAGGUUAAAAGUGAGAAGCGGUUAGAGUCUUUAGAGAAGAUCAGUGUCAAUGGUUGCUUAAGUCUCAAGGAAUUUGAAGUUUGGUCAAGUUUAAUUGAAAAAUUGGAUCUAAGCAAGACAGAAAUUGAAACAUUGCACACAUCCAUUGGACAUAUGGAGAAUCUUAAGUCCCUCAAUCUAGAAGGUUUAAAACUUAAGCAUCUUCCAAAUGCGUUGUCCGGCUUGAAAUCCCUAAAAUAUCUUAAUCUUUCUCGCAGCGGAGUAGAAUUUGACAAACCCCAGCUACAUGUGUUGUUUAAUGGCUUACAGUCACUAGAAAAACUACAUGUAACAGAUUGUAGUAACUUGUUUGAGCUUCCUGACAACAUCAACGUCUUACAGAAAUUGCAAGAAUUAAGGCUUGAUGGGAGCAGCAUAGUGACACUGCCAGAAAGCAUCAAGCACCUUAGAGUGCUGAAAGUUUUGUCGUUGGAGAAUUGCAAUAAGCUUGUGAGUGUGCCAGAGCUACCACCAUCCAUCACGGUGUUCAAUGCCAGUAACUGCACUUCAUUGGUAUCGGUAUCAGUAUCAACUUUAAGGAUGAUGGGAAAAACGAAAUGCAUUUCGUUCAAGGAUAGCUUGAAGCUGGAUAAAUAUUCACUCCCUUAUUCUAUCACGGAAAGCCUCCACUUAACAAUGAUGAGUGCUGCAUUUCACAAUGUGCUAGUAAGAGUUUUCGACAACAAGCUCCAUAGUUACAACUACGUCAAGGUUCGAGGUUGUCUACCAGGAAGCAGAGUCUCAAGGCACUUCAAGAAUCGAACAAGAGGGUCCACCAUUACUAUUAGACUCCCCAGCUGCACCUCAGUGCUGGGAUUUCUUCUUUCAGUGGUUAUCUCUCCAGGUGUUGCUAAUGCUAACAUUUACUGCAGAUGUUACUCAGCAGAUGGGACACCUAUCGGUGAGAACACUCGAUGGUACUCUGUGAUUGAAAGCUUGAAUUCGGAUAAUGUGUUUAUGUGGUAUGAUCCAUACUUCAGUGACAGCAUUCUCAAGCUUCAUGAAACACAUGUCUCUUUCAAAUUCUAUAGUGAAGAAGGAUUGGAAUUGGAUAUAAUAAAAGAAUGCGGUGUCCACGUAAUAGGUCCCUCUGAGUUCCACAGUGUUUUAGGGGAGAUGGAUUUGGAGUAUGAGCAGAAAGUGGAGUUGGGAGUGAAGUUAGGAUUGGCGUUAGACAUCCAGCGCCAGGUGGAUUCUAACGUGGAUUUGCCUAAUUUGCUGUUUGCGUUCGAGUAUGGAUGGAAGUUACAACCGCCAAUGCAAUCUGAGCUUGAAUCACGACGCAGAGCCAUGGCCGAUGUAAUUCGGAAACAGAUGUGGGACCUCAUCUUUCCACCUUGUCCAGCUGCUGGAAUGUGGGGAAACAUCACACAGGAUUUUGAAGAUAGAGGGCUGGGCAGCGGCCAUGGCGGUGAAAAGGUAAGGAGUAAGGACAAGGGUAUCGCCAGAGUUUCGCUGCUGCCAUCGGAGUUUGCACCGUUUGGGAGAUAACUAGAUAAGAAGAUUAAGGUACAACUAAUAGAGAGAAUAUCAAAUAUUAUUUUGCAUGUAUAAUUGUAUACAUUUGGGGAAUUACAGGGUAGAGCAAAAGCAUACAAAUAUAUAGAUAAUUAGAUAUUCCCUCAAUUUGUAUCCGGUGUUGACACGGUGAGUUUUAGUAUAACCUCCUUUUCGGGUUCGUGGAAGCUGGAGAUUAGGACACGUCCCUUUAUGACAUGGUAAUGGUUGAAUAAGUUUU